UUCUCUCUCAACUCUCUUGGCUCUAUCUCUCUCUUCAGCCCUUCUCUCUCCCUCGUGUAACUCUCUCUCUCUCUCCGACGCAAUCGUCUUUCUCCCUCAGCGGUGGCUAUUCAUCCAAGCUUAACUCCACGAUUCACAUCCACGAGAUGUUCACAUAUUAACUGGUGAAAAUAAUUGAACAGAGAAAAUCCAAUGAUGCAGAAGUCGAGUCACUGCAAGAGGAAUACCAUCAAAGGGUUGCAACACUUGAAAGGAAGGUGUAUGCUCUUACAAAGGAAAGGGACACGCUUCGGCGGGAGCAGAAUAAGAAAAGUGAUGCAGCUGCUCUUCUGAAGGAAAAGGAUGAAAUAAUUAAUCAAGUUAUGGCUGAAGCUUCAGGAUUAUGGCCUUCGUCUACUGAAAGGAAAUUGCUAUUUGAUCCUGUUAUAUCUUUUAUGGGACAAACAAAUGAGGGAAGUAGUGUUGAUUCAUCACAGAAAGCUGAGUCUUCAGAGCAUCCGCCAAAGGUUGACAAAUCAUCAGGGGAAUCUGAAUCUCCACAAAAACUCUCUACUGUUGAGGCAAAGGAAGGGGUCAAAACAGAAACUUUACAACACUCUUCAACUGAACAGAUGGCUGAUAAGGAGGAAACUGAAGUUGUCAAGGAAGAAACAGAUGAUAAGCAUGCUGCGACGGUGGAGGAAACAGAGACUGUGGUAGCAGAGCCUGAAAAAUCUGAAUCUGAAUCUGAAAAAUAGAAAAUCUAUAUGUUGGGGGUUUUCUGGCUAGCUAAAAAUCUGUGAGAAAUGAUGAAUCCAUCUGAUUGCAGCCUAUUUAAUGUUUAAUACCUUCAUUAAAAAAAGGUUGUUGACAGUGCUUUGACUAUCUUGCAGAUUAUAAUGGCAAAACCAGCAGGUGGCCCUAGUGAGAGAGAUCAGCAUGCAGGGAUGGAUGAGGACUAAUUUUAUGUGUAUGACAAUUGACUAUCUUUGCUUGUAUUGCUCUAUGUUAGGGAUCUUUUGUUCCAUUUUAGUAACAAUUUUGUUUAGGAGAAAAAGAAACAUAUUGCAGUUCAUGCUUUGUAAAUGCCAUCUUCUGUUAUGAUGGACACGUGGUAUGCUCUUGUUGGGUAGGUUUUGGAUUGAAACCAUGGUCGAGUGCUUGAGCCAUGUUUAGUGUGAAGCUUGAAUGGAUUUUCUUUUUUGUUGUAUUUGGCCCUUGUCUUUUCAAGCAUGCCAAAAAUCAUCCUAGUUUUGUAAUAUGUGGUUUGUGUCCAAUUAAUUUACUGUGGACCUUGCAUUUUUGUACCCAAUAUUUGAUAGCUGCCUUCUUUUGAACGAAGAUUCAUUGAGGGAGAGAAUUACUUUCCUUUUGAAUAUGAA